AUGUGUCACCUAUGUUACUCGAUGCACCCAUUUCGUGACUUGCCCUCUGUGACACAAAACGGUUACUCUACUCACAUUCUACCUGGUUCUCACUCGGACUCACCCCUUGGCGCACCCUGUGGAAAGUUUGGAUAUAGAAACGGAAUGGCAGUCACCACUGAUGGAUAUGCCCCACAGGCCGCCUAUCACACUCAAAGCCACCACCCGCACCCCCACCAAAAUGGUCAUUUACACCAUAGUGCUCAACAUCCAACACACUUAGACCACAGUCCUCUGCCGCACGGCCAUACUACGGAUCACUUCCACCGGCGUGUUUGGGACGUAUGGGCUCCGAAUUUCCACGAAGGCAUGCAGCUCCUUCGACAACUGGGACGUGAGUGCCGCUAUGUUGCAGUCGACACGGAGUUUCCCGGUGUUGUUGCCAAAGUUUUUGGGGAGUACGCGAACAGUUUCGAGCAGGCAUAUCACAAUAUCAAAGUGAACAUCGACAUGAUGAAACCCAUACAAAUCGGCUUCAGUUUCUUUAACGAUAGAGGGCAAACAGUGGGUGACGUAUCCACGGUUCAGUUUAACAUUAAGUGGAACGUUGACAACGAUACAUACGCUGAUGAUUCUAUCAAAUUACUGGCCUUUUCCGGAAUAGACUUUGAAAAAUUGAAACGAAACGGAAUAGAACUGAACGAUUUUGCUGAGGCCUUCAUUGCGAGCGGUCUCGCUUUGAACGAUCGAAUAACUUGGAUUGGUUUCCACAGUGCGUACGAUUUCGCGUACAUGAUGAAGAUAUGCACAGAUUGGAAACAAAUGCCUGACAACUUCCAGGAGUUCCAGAAACGACUGUUGAUUUUCUUCCCCCGAAUUGUCGACUUAAAGGCAAUGAUGAGUGAACACAGGUUCCCUAAAAGCGGGCUCCAAGAGCUUGCUGAUCUUAUGCGCGUUCCCCGUAUCGGUCUGAGGCACCAAGCGGGCAGCGAUGCUAUGCUAACUGGGGAGACGUUUUUCCGAUUCCUAGAGGAACAUGGAGGUGGCAAAAUUGACCAACGCGUUGUGAACCUGGUUUACGGUCUCAACUACUGUCCCAACGGCGUAUCAAACACCUGGGUGCGGAUGAAUACCUCUAGUCCACAGCUCGAUGCUGCGCCUACCAACCGGAAUAUAAUUUCCUGUGCUUCUACGUUUUACCGCAAUAAUGUUCAUAGUGCUGACCACUCAGGUCGAAGUUCACCAGCUGACUCGAACAGUGGCCACAAGAGUAGUUGA